AGGAAUAGCAACGUGCUGUCUCUUGACCAAAGCUGUUUUUCACUCCAGUGGGUGGUCAGCAUCGACGUGGUGGAGAAUGAAGAGGCCAGUGCUAGUGUCGUCGUUAAAAUGACGGACUCGUUUACGGAGCAGGCUGACCAGGUGACUGCUGAGGUCGGAAAGCUCUUGGGUGAAGAGAAGGUGGACGCAAUCCUUUGUGUGGCCGGAGGAUGGGCCGGGGGCAACGCCAAGUCCAAGUCUCUCUUUAAAAACUGUGACCUGAUGUGGAAGCAGAGUAUGUGGACGUCGACCAUCUCCAGCCACCUGGCCACCAAGCAUCUCAAGGAAGGAGGCCUCCUGACCUUGGCUGGUGCCAAGGCCGCCCUCGAGGGGACCCCUGGGAUGAUCGGCUAUGGCAUGGCCAAGGGCGCCGUCCACCAGCUGUGCCAGAGCCUGGCGGGGAAGAACAGCGGCAUGCCGGCUGGGUCUGCGGCCGUCGCCGUGCUCCCGGUCACCCUGGACACCCCGAUGAACAGGAAAUCGAUGCCCGAAGCCGACUUUGGCUCCUGGACGCCCUUGGAGUUCCUCGUCGAAACCUUCCACGACUGGAUCACAGAGAAAAACCGACCAAGCUCAGGAAGCCUCAUCCAGGUGGUAACUGUAGAGGGAAAGACGGAGCUCACCCCGGCGUAUUUUUAGGCUUCGUUUCAGUGCCCGCGAGGGGCCUGCCAGGAGAGGCGUUAACCGAUCUCAUUGCAGCUGUGGCGUCUGGCCCUGUGUCUUCUGUCAUCCGUUUGUGUACACGAGAGCGAGACCUAUUUUCCACUUCCCUAGAGUGCAUUUGCUCUCCUAAGUCAGUGUAAGCCGUUCACGUGGAAUAAAAACGUGGGAGUGGAGGCCCCCAGUUAGCACCAUUGGCACGUGUCGACCACCUCCGUGUUGGAGGUCUCUGCACAGACGCCUGUGUGUUGGUGUCAUCCUGAGUUGCUUUGAGACUGUCUGUCCCUGACAAUGGCUGGCUGGCUGACUGCUUCAGAGAUUUGUUGCCAUCGGGGGCAUUUUGGGGCCUGAGUUGUCUUUGAAUGUUACGUUUAUGUCACAGAUGUAGUUUUUGCAGCCUCAAAUUAAACUGCCUUAAAACUCCUUUUGUGGUAUGAACAAAAUCCCGUGGACAGUUGAGCUCUCUUUUUCCUGUGCAGUUGUCAAGCGUAAUGAACCACUUGUGAAUGUUUGGAGUUUAUUAUCCUAAUAAACACACUUCGUUUAUUGUGUUAUCUUCAAUUAAA